GAGAGAGAGAGAGAGAGAGAGAGAGAGAGAGAGAGAGAUCAGGCGAAAAAGUGUCGCACGCCAGGGGAGGCAAUUCACAAUAGUCGAGGAGACGUGCGCUCUUGUGUGGUAGCUCGCUAUAUUUUUCUCUCGUACACAUAAAAGUGGAGGUUAUUCCCUUCUCCGAGUUUCUCGUGCGAUAUUGCAGAGCAAUAUACGUGCACUGAAGUAUAGUAGACCUACGAGUCGAUUAUCAUAUAUUAGAAGAACAUACAAAUGGUCGUCCAUUGAUUGGCGCGUCGAGAGAGAGAGAGAGAUAUAGGAAGAAAAACACGCCGAGAGAAGCAGCGUUGCUUGGAUUGUUGUGUGAUAGAUCUGGUGCGUGAUAAUAGCAUCGGAGGAAGGAAGUAAUCGCUUGGCAAAGAUGGUCAAGCUACCCAAGAGAUUCAGCGUCGGCGAGCGGGUCUUCGCCAAGGUUCGAGGUUACCCGCCUUGGCCGGCCAAAAUAGAGAGCAUUACGGACCCUACUUCUAAACAAGCCAAGUACCAUGUUUCGUUCUUCGGAACCAAAGAGAUUGGUACAUGCAAAAUAGAAGAUCUAUUAGUAUACGCAGACAACAAAGAUAAAUUAAGUAAGUCUGUGAGGAGGAAAUAUUUUCAUGAAGGAAUCCAGGAACUCGAAGAAGAUUUAAAGAAGAAUCCCAACCCAGUGUCUGACUCUUCAAAAGAUUCAGAAACUUCAGAAAAUGUACCCGAAAAUGUUGGAGAAGACAUCUCUGAUAAGGAUAAUGAAAUAGCGGCUCCAGCUUCUACAGACGGUGAAGCCGAUACAGGAAAUCUGGUCAUAGAUGAAGGUGAUAAGAAGAAAGCAAUGAAAAGAAAAUCAUAUAUUCCACCAGGCACGCCAGAUGUUUCUGAUGCAAAGAAGAAACGUGGUCGAAAGAGCAUGGCAACGAUUCUUGCAGAAAACACACCAAAACAAGAUACAGCUCAUGAUUCACAGGAUGAAGAUUCUGAAAAGAAAAACGUCAGCCGCAGUGGUCGAAAAAUCAAACCCAAAAGAUUCCAUGAUUCUGAUGCAGAAGUUACAAUAGAAUCGUCGAAGAUUGAACCGACUGAUCGUAGAAGGACGAAAAUCAAGGUAGAAGAAUCCAACGAGAAUCAAGAAUCGCCGAUUACGCCUAUCAAGAAGAGGAUGAGUGUCGAAAGCACCAAAGUCGAUGAGCAGGAUGACGACAUGCUGCUCAGCGAGAGCAUCGUCGACGCGAGGGCGAGCCCCGGCUACUCUGGGCGGCUGCUCGUGGCGCACACGCUCGACGGCUUGCCUGUAGGCAUUAAGCUAGAUGUUAAUAGACCAGAUAGGUUCGAAAGCGAGGCGGAACGGGCCCGCUGGGACCUGUCCGUCGCUCGCAAUGCCAUGCGUUUGAAAGAGCAGCUAGAAAGCGGCGAUAUCGCCAUUGACUUAAUCAAAGAUUCUUUAGACUUCAAUGUACAUGUUCCAGAAGACGAGAAGAAAGCCAAAGACGAAGCCGAGAUCCAGAAAGAGUUGAAGUUGAAGACGUUGCGUACGGAGGCACACAUAACGUUUUUGGACACCCAAAUAAGAUCGAGUCUUGGUCUAGAACAAGCAAAUGUCGAAGAAUGCCUAGAAGCGAUGGAUCAGAUGUUGGAACUUCAGAUCACACCAUUAAUGCUUAAGAAACAUUCACACAUCGUUGAAGCUAUCAAGAGGUUGAGACGUUACGUUGGGAAUCUCACCGAUUGGAAUUAUACAGAGGAAGAAACGGCGGCUUUCAAACAAAAAGCUGAUGAAAUAAAAAAGAAAGCUGAAAAAAUUUAUAUUAAAUUCAAAUCACUUUUUACUAUUCCUGAAGGCCAAACUUUCUGGAACACCUUUGUUGAACAAUUAGAACAGUUCAGAAAAAUCACAAAGGAUAUGACGCAAGAAGAAGUUUUUGCUCUUAUAGAUGACCCAACAGAUUCAUUCAAACCUACUAAAAGCAACGAAGAAAGCAGUGCAGGGGCUGCAAGUACCGAUAAGAGUGAGGCCCCUUCAGAUUCAAUAUCGAAUAAAAACGAAUCAGUGAUAGAGCCUGAAAAUAAGUAACAUUCGUAAAAUUUUGUAUUUGAUAAUUGGACAUUUUUCUUAUAUGCGGAAAGCUUACGCUAAGAAGCAAAAGCACCUUAUUAAUGUUCACACUGGCGGUUUUUACGACCGAAAUGAAUUUAUUCGCUAGAAUAAAUGAAUUUUGCAAUUCACGUACAAACAAGAAUGGUGCAAACAAGAACCGCUCUUCUUCGACCAUUAUAUUCAUGUCGAUCGUACUGUCAGGUAUAGGAUUAGAAUAAUUUAAAUUAAAAAUUAAUUUUAUUAAAGAUUUAGGAAAUAAAUUUUGAUUUGCAAUUUUUUUCUUUUUAUUUAAAAAUAAUUUUGGAAAAACGGCGAUUAAAGAUUCAGAUCUUUUCCUUUUUUUCCCAAGCGCACACAUAAACUUUUGGUAAAAAGUUCACCACUUUACAAAUUGAUUAACAUUUCUAAAAUUAAAAAAAAACAAUGAUUAACCGCGUAUGUAAAAAUUCUCAUAAAAAUUGAAAAAUGGUAUUUAUUGAUUGAAAAGUAAAUAUACAUAGUUGUUUACAAAUUAAUUUUGUAGUUUUGAAUAUAAUCAUGUGUACAUGCAUACUUAAUUUCGAUUUCGUAUAUUUACAUAAAAAUAAAAGUAGUUCAUAAUUUCUAAUGAUGAAAUUAGAAUAUUUAUUUAAAUCAUUACAUCAAUCUAAUCGAUACCAAUGAACUGAUUACGUUUUUCUUUCGCCUGAAACCAAUUGCGAAUCAAAAGAUACCUUUUUAAUUUUUUAUUUAAAUUGUAACCUAUUCCUGAAAAGAUGUUAUUUUUUAAAGACUUGUUUAAACGACAUAUCCAUCAAAGGUUAAGGAAAUGUUUUCUUUUUUAUAUAUUUUUGUCAUUUUAUCUUAGAGUUUAAAAAUCUCUUAGGCAAAAGUUUAAAACAGUUGCUCUUCAUAGGAUUUUUCAAUACGCUAAACAUUUUUAAUGGCUUAGAUAUUACGAUUCUGUAAAAAAUUGCUUGGCUAUUCAUUCUAUCCGACUAAUAAGCAAUAAUUUUUAAGACCUUACUCAUUGUUUUCAAUAACUUUGAAAAUCUAUCAAUUAGAACUCGAACUAUGAAGACUUAUAAAAAGGAAUGAAUUCUAAUGUGGGUCUCAAUUUUAACAUAUUUUAAACGCGAAACAAGAAAUCCUGGCAGCACUGCUUUAAAUAUGCCAAAGAGCGUUAUGCUAAGUAUGCAUCCAACAACUUUGAUUGUAAACUUUGUCAAACGUAUAGUAUAGUAAAGACGUCGUGAUAUAUAUUUACAUUUACACUUGAUCGUUUGUAUUAUAAGAAUAAUGCAAGUAUGGUAAUCGUACAUUUUUUUCAUAAACUUUGUAAUCGAUAGAUAAUGAUCGCAUAUUAAGGUCAAUACUUUUAUUUGAAUUAAUAUUAUGAUUGUGGUAUUGUAUCACCAACAUUGUCAUGUAUAAAUGAGUAAGACAGCCCUAGAAAGCAAAUAUUUUUUGCACACUCAAAUAUAUUUGAGCACCUAUGAAAAUGUUGUUAAAGUAAAAUUUUUUGUAAAUCAAGUCUUGGAACAAAAAGUCAGAUCAUUAUCUUGAUUAGCAAAAAUUGAACGGUUUUUAUAAUCGUUUGCUACACCCACCAGUACGUAUAGAUUCGUCUUUCAUAAAUCGGCGAUUCAUAUGAAUUCUACUGACAAAAGGAGAAGAAAUAUAAAAUGUUUAAAACUGUUGACUCUCUAUUGAGUUUUGAUACAACAAAACCAAAAGAGAAGGAAAAAAGUAAUAGUUUUAGAUAAAAUGAUAAUGAAAAUUCAAACAUCAUAUUCCCUUCGGAUAGAACCUGUAUACUAAAGAUAUUUUGAAUAAAAACUGUUACGAGAGA